AAACAAAAUCAGCUCACUUCCUAUUAUAAGCACUCUUGAAUGUAGCACACACUGCAGCAGGGUACAAAUUUAAGCUGUGAGAUACAUCUUUCAAAUUUCCAAGAACAAAGAAAUCAAAUACAGAAAAUGAUUAAAAACGUGUCACUGGAUGAUGCAACAAUGGACAUGCUUAAGAAUCCUGAUAUUAUGAUCAUCUUACCAAUUGUGUAUUCACUAGUUGUUAUUAUCAGUAUCCCUGGAAAUAUUUUCUCCCUCUGGAUUCUCUUCUUUCAUAUCAAACCCAAAACAACAUCAAUUCUUCUCAUGAUUAACCUUAGCCUAACAGAUCUUGCAUUGACCUCCUGUCUUCCCCUUCAGAUUAUAUACCACGUGAAGAAGAACCACUGGUCUUACAGCAAACAGCUGUGCAGCUACGUCACAAUAAUGUUUUAUUCAAACAUGUAUUCGUCCAUAUUGACUAUGACCUUCAUCAGCUUUGAGCGCUAUUUGGGGGUGGUAUACCCACUGACCUCCCAGAAAUGGAGAAAAAAGAGAUAUGCAAUUGCUACCUGUAUUGUAAUGUGGUUUUUUGUAUUAUUCGCCUUGUGGCCCCUUGCCUCAACUAACCUGACUUACGAAGUAAAAGAACUGAACAUUACAACCUGUUUUGAUGUCCUUCAGUGGAAUAUGUUUUCCAGUAUUUCUGCAUGGGGAGCUUUCCUCCUGCUGCCCCUUUUUUUCUUUUUUUUGCUUCCAUUCACAGUUACCGUUGCUUGCUACACUGCCAUUAUUUGGAAGCUUAUUCAAGCUUCUCACAAAUAUGGCAAUGGACAGAAGACACGGUCGGUCUACUUGGCUAUAAUAGUGCUCUUGGUUUUCAUCGUUUGUUUUGCACCCAACAACUUUAUCCUAUUGGUACACAUCAUCAGCCGUCUCACAGAGAGAAAGGGUUACUAUCAUAUUUACAAACUCACUUUGUGCCUUAGCUGUCUCAACAACUGCAUAGAUCCAUUCAUUUACUACUUUGCAUCCAAAGAGUUUUAUCAGAAGUCCAUGCAAGUAGUAGGACGGAAGGUGCUACUGAGUGACAAUUCGGAGACUAGAAGGGAAAGUGUAUUAUCUACCAGGACAUCAGCGAGAUUUCUAUCAAGUGGACAUAAGGAUGGGUUGGGUGUGCUUAGAACAUGUUUGCAAAGGCAUGAAAGUGUUUUUUAAUACUAAUGCUCAAAGGUGAAGCAAUUAUUCAUUCUAUUUCUUGAAACAAGUAAAGAAUGGUUAUAUCAAACAACUACUGUAUAAGCAAGAUUGGGGAACUCUAUUCAAUACCAGGCAAAAUUCUUGUCUUCAGAUAUGGCAAUAUCAUACCUAUUGUAAUAUGUAGCAACAAAUAAAAUGUAAAAGAACAUUACCAUGCCACAAAUCUCUUCCUAUGGCAGCAUUCAGCAAUGACUGUGAGUCAGGUUCAAGUUGUAUGCUUAAAAGAAGUUACAAUCUUUUGAAUUGAAUUUAAUUAUCUGCCCAAUAUUUAUUUGGGAUUUCCUGGGUCUUUUAUGGUUAAUUGAUAUCCACUUGAGAAUUGUUGUCCACCACUGAUCUGUUUGUUUGUUAUACAAAAUAGCUAGCCAAUUGUCAUUUCCUUCAUUAUGACAUAUAUCAUUAUCAAUUGGUGGGUCCAUUUUUUUUAUUCUAUAAAUGUAUUUUUACUUAUGUCAGUAAAGUUCCCACCACCAUUCUUUUUCUCCAAUGUACCAAUUGCAAUUAUCAUAAUUAAAUAUAUUUCAGGGAUUUAUUUACAGAGUCAUUUUCAUGUAUAGUCUAUUGAAGAGAAGGAUUAGGAGGACAUGAUAGCUAUCUUCCAGUACUUAGGGGUUAUCACAGAGUAGAUGUCAUUGAUUUAUUCUCCAAAGCACCAAGCAUUGUCUUAUUUUUCAAGGCAGGACAAGAAGUAAUGGGUGGAAGUUUGUUAAAGACAGAUCCCACCUAAAAGUAGGGAGAAAUUUUCUGACAAUAAGAACAAUUAAUCAGUGGAACAGCUUGCCUCAUGGAGUUGUGGGUUCUCCAUCAUUGGAGGUUUUCAAAAGUAGACUGGACAACCAUUUGACCUGGAUGGUAUAGGAUCUCCUGCCUUGAGCAGUGGGUUGGGUCUAGAAGAUCUCUGAGUUGCCCUCCAGCCCUAAAAUUCUAUGUUUUAUGUCUUGCUAUAUUGAGCAUUUGCCUAUUCCAUAUUUUUUUGCAUAAUGUUCACCGUCUAUACUGCUUUUGCAUUUAUCACCCAGAUUUUGCAACUAUGUGCCAACACUGAUAGUAUACACUGAUUAAACAAUUUUGAAGUAGAUGAAUGUGUUGCUUUUGAAUUUAGGAUGAGAUUGUCCAAAUGCUCUGCAACCUAGUUUGUCUGGUUCAAAAUUUCCUCUAUUAUAUCACUUUCACUACAUCUAUCUUUUGACCAAGAUAGAUGUAGCAGUUGACCUUCUCUGGUUCACAAUUUUUAAUUUGUAUUGAUAAAAUUUGGGAAUUGUUGAACAUGACCUUCAAUGUUGGACUGUAUUGCUUUCAACACAUACUGUGAAAUUAAUCUGAUUUGAAAUGAUUUCUUAUAGAAAUAUUAAGUUUAUUCUGUACAUUUUAUGUUCUAUUAAGGAAAAAAUAAAUACAGUGUUUCAUUUAAAAGCUUGGAUGGUAAAAUUUUCAAAUAUGACUAUGUCAAGGCAUUACUAAACUUGAGCCAUUAAUAUAUUCUAUUAAUAAAUUACUUUUUUUCUUUCAUUUGACUCUGUUAGGUUGAAAAAAAAAUCAUCCAGUUUUCAGUACUGAUUUUUAGCACUGUAGGAUCUGAGAAGAAAAGAAUAUGGGCUAUGUUUCAGGAAAUUUUAUCUUGCAUAUUAAAUUUGGGGCUAUGUGUCUAUUGGGAUUUAUUUAUUGGGAUAACUAAAACGGUUUCACUUUCAAUGACAUUAUCAUAUUCUUGGAAAUUUGAUUGACAGAGUCAGAAAGAGGAAAAAGGAGGAUCCUGUAAUCUCAUAAUACCCAACUGUAUAAAAUAUAGAUUCUUCCUAUGCAGCAAUCCUAUAGAACUGCAGUCCCAUAACUACAUUAUAGGAAAGUGCACUAAUGAAUUCAUACAAUCUAUUAUCAAAUAAAUAUAUGUGAAUUUAAUUGUUGCAUUAUUUUUUAAAAAUUAAAUCAGUAAACUAAGAGCUGAAUUUUUUUUCCUAGGAGUGAAUUUUAUAUUUCUUUAACUAUAGAAGCUGCUUACAAGAUAUGUUAAACCUGAAUGUGGUACUUUUUUAGGCAUUUGGUUUUGUAACUGUACAGUGCUGGAAUAUUCUCUUCAUUUCCUCCUUUCAUUUUGAUAUUCAGUAUACUGUACAGUAUUCCAUCUAUUAAAAAGAAGAUAGUGACAUACAUUAUGCUCUACUGUAUAUAACGAAAAACAUUUCUAGAAUGUAUGCAGAAUUUUAAAUUCUAUAGUACAAACAUCUGAAAGUUUCAAGAAAAAUAUGUAGCAGACUAAAAGCUUCUCAAAAGGAAGAAAUUUGUUAAUUUGUUACAUAUUGUAUUUAUAUAUCAAAAAUGGAACUUGUCUCAUUGGUUUUUUAAAUAAACAUUACUUUAAAAAAUAUUGGAAUACAUGUGCUCUCAGAUUAAGGAGAUUAUGAAUUAGUAAUCUCCUACGAAGGAGAUUAUUAAGAAUUAUAACAGAAGAUGAGUAGAAGACAUGUUAGCAAGACAAUAGUAGGUUAAACUUAUAUGAGCAUCCAUUUCUACUUCCCACAAAAACAAUUUUCCAGCAUUUAUGUAGGCAUCCCAACACUGAGACAAAAAAAUAAUCACUAUAUCUAAUUUCAUAUAGCAAAGUAGAAUUAAAGCUACAUUUACAAAUUGUCAGACCCUCAAUGUAUUUCUUUCUUAUGCUCUGAUUUUUGGAUUCUGCCAUUCUACUGGGGAAGGCUAGGGGUCUUCUGCAAUGUACUUCCUUUGCUUUGUUCUAUCCUCUUUCAAGUAUCUUACUUUGGGGUGUAAAAGGAAUGUGCUUCCAACCAUCUGCCUUAUCUCCAGGUGGAUGGGAAGAUGCCACAGAGAAACUGACAGCCUUGAGAAUAGAGCCUUAUCAGUUCUUUCCCACAACAACUUAGCACAUAUGGAUUUAUUCAAUUCAAACUGGCUGGAUGGACAUUUGGGUUGGGGUUUGAAAGGGCUCUUUUAAUGUAAUGUUUUUCAUGGGAAAUCCUCAGAUCCUGCCUUACUAUCC